UGUGACGCGGAGCACACACUCGUGUUGCCGACGACUCUUUCCAGACUUCUGUGUCGAACCCCACCCUACGCAAUGAUUUCAAUCGCCCUCGUACUUCUCAUAGGGACAGCGUUUGCUGUUAAUGCUCAACAACACCCACCCAAUCCACAAAUACCUAUAAUUCGCUACGAAUCGGACGGACCUAACCCAGACGGUUCAUAUAAAUGGUUAUAUGAAACUGGCAACGAAAUUAACGCAGAAGAGUCUGGCUUAGUUAAAAACUUGGGAAGAGGAGAGGGUGAAGAAAUACAAGUCGCAGAAGGAAGAUUCAGUUACAAAUCACCAGAGGGCACUCCCAUCGCUCUCUCGUAUAUAGCCGAUGAGAAUGGAUUCCAGCCACGGGGAGACCAUCUGCCGACCCCUCCGCCUAUUCCACCAGCAAUCCAAAGAGCCAUAGACUAUUUGAAGUCACUGCCACCUACCGCCCAAGGGUCAAACAUACAAACACAAUACCAACCCGCACCAUUCAAGCCCGGCAGAAGAUUUUAGCGAGACAAGUCUUAGAUUACGUACCUAUUUUACGAAACGUGAUUCGUCUAAUAUAAUCUGUGUAUAUUGAGCAUUCUUAUGUAAAUAUAGAAACAAAUUAAUGUCGUAUCUGUAUUGGUGUAAUUUUAACACAAUUAUACGAUGAGUAAGGGCAUAUUUGCCUUUUUGUUAAUCAUAGAGGCAUGAUAGGUUAAGUCUUUUGUUUGAUUUAUUAUGACACGUUCACAUAGUGAUUGAGCAUAAUAGAAAAAUAAUAAAACAUUUUACCUUUGCAA